AUGAACGGCUCGCUUAAGGCCAAAGAGUCGACUGAAGGCGACAUCUCGCGCCUGCCGAGCGCAACCCCCUCGCUGCGGUCCGUCGCGCCGCCAGAGAAGAAUGCCGACAAAGAGCUAGCGCCCGCCACCUCAGCUGUGACACCAGACGUACCGCCCAAUGGAGGGUACGGCUGGGUGUGCACGGCAGCGGUAUUCUGGAUCAAUGCGCACACUUGGGGCUUGAACAGCGCCUACGGCGUCUUCCUCGCGCACUACCUAAGCACGAACACGUUCGCAGGGGCGACGCGACUGGAGUUCGCCUUCGUGGGGGGCCUGUCCAUUUCGCAAGCGCUGCUCGUCGCGCCAGCAGCGACAUGGACGACGGGGCGGUUCGGCACGCGCACGACGCUGCUGGUCGGCGUGGGGUUCGAGACGGCGGCGCUGGUGGGCGCGUCGUUUGCGCGGCAGAUGUGGCAGCUGUUCCUGAGCCAGGGCGUGUGCUUCGGCUUCGGCAUGGGCUUCCUGUUCGUCGGCUCCGUCGGCGUCGUGCCCCAGUGGUUUACGACGAGACGCAGCUUCGCCAACGGCAUCACGGCCUCCGGGUCGGGCCUUGGCGGGCUCAUGUACUCCCUCGCGACCAACGCUAUGAUCCAGCGUAUCGGCCUCGCGUGGGCCUUCCGCGUCCUGGCUAUCUGCGCCUGCGUCGUCAAUACGGCUUGUUCGCUGCUGGUGCGCGACCGCAACAAGCACGUCGGCUCCUCGCAGCGCGCGUUCGAUGUCAGCCUGCUGCGCCGCCCCGAGGUCUUCCUGCUGCUGGGCUUCGGCUUCCUCAGCAUGCUCGGCUACAUCGUGCUGCUCUUCUCGCUGCCCAACUACGCGCGCAGCAUCGGCCUAACAGCGCAGCAAGGAUCCGUAGUCGGCGCGCUGCUGAACCUAGGGCAAGCGCUGGGCCGGUCGCCGAUCGGCUUCUUCAGCGACGCCGUCGGCCGCAUGAACAUGGCGGCGGGGAUGACGCUGCUGGCGGGCGUGUUCGCCCUCGUCGUCUGGACCAACGCCACCUCCUACGGCGUGCUGCUCUUCUUCGCCGUCCUCGUCGGCACCGUCGCCGGCACCUACUGGGCCGUCGUCGCGCCCGUCACGUCCGAGACGGUCGGCCUGCGCCGCUUGCCGGCCGCGCUGAGCAUCACGUGGCUGGUCCUCGUCUUGCCGACGACCUUUUCCGAACCCAUUGCGCUGCAGAUCACGGCUGCGAACGGCGGGAACUAUCGCGGCGCGCAGAUUUUUACCGGCUUCAUGUAUGUGGGUGCCGCGGGGUUCAUGCUCUUGUUGCGGGCGUGGAAGAUUGGCGAGCUUGAGCGCGCUGGCGAUGGCUCUGCUGCUACGGCGUCUACGUCCAGCUUUUUGCGGAGGCUCGUCGUGCUGAGGAGGGUGUAA